CAUGCCCCUGUGCUGUUGGAUAACGGCACUCGCCUCUGGCAACUCGCGCAGCCGCCCAGGACGCCCACACCGUGAUGAUCCUGAGCUCUCUGAGCACCACGUCAUUGGAGGAGGUGCGCAGGAAAGCACCUCGCUGUCUGCUCUGGUUCCAGGCGUACCUGUUCCGCGACCGGUCCAUCACCGAGUGGCUGGUCAAGCGUGCAGCCAAAGCGGGAUACUCGGCCAUCGUGCUGACCGCCGACUCGCCCGUGGUCGGCCACAAGCUGGGGCCGGUUAAGAACCGAUUCGUCCUGCCCCCUAACGUGACUUUCGCCAAUCUCAAGGGCUGGCACGAAAAGUCCAACGCCCAGUCGGGCGCCCAGGAGGACGUGGACGACUACAUCUCCCGCUCCGUGUCGUGGCAAGACAUCGGCUGGCUGAAGAGAAUCACUGGACUUCCCAUCGUCGUCAAGGGAGUACUCACACGUGAGGCCGCUCUGCAAGCUUACCACCACGGCGCAGCCGCCAUUUUGGUGUCCAACCACGGAGGCCGCCAACUAGAUGGAACGCCGGCCUCGGUGCUUAUUUCCUUGAUGAUUGGACUUUGA